AUGAGACGCCUCCCAUCCCAGUUGAGUUAUCUGUUCCUACACUUCUUUGCAUUCUGCUACUAUGCUCAGGUAACCAAUCAGUCCUCGCCUAAUUUCACGCAGCAUGUAAGCGAACAGAGCAAGGUGACGGACCGUGUGAGCCGCAGGUUAAUUCGGACCUACCAGCUUUACAGCCGAACCAGCGGGAAGCACGUGCAGGUUCUGCCCAACAAGAAGAUCAACGCCAUGGCAGACGAUGGAGACAUAUACGCCAAACUCGUCGUAGAGACAGACACGUUUGGAAGUCGCGUGCGGAUCAAAGGAGCAGAGACAGGACUCUACAUCUGCAUGAACAAGAGGGGGAAGCUGAUCGGAAAGAGAAAUGGGCAAGGCCACGACUGCAUCUUCUCAGAGAUUGUCCUGGAGAAUAACUACACGGCGCUGAGGAACGCACGCUACGAGGGCUGGUACAUGGGUUUCACCAGACGUGGACGCCCACGGAAAGGCUCGCGAACGCGGCAGCACCAACGCGAGGUCCAUUUUAUGAAACGAUUGCCUCUGGGAUCCCAUCCCACCCAUCCGGCCCAGCACAAGCCCUUUGACUUCGUCCACUACCCCUUCAGCCCCAGGACUAAACGCACACGCUUCUCAGCCGAACACUGA